AUGCGAUUACUGUUGUUAAUUGGUGUUGUCACGCUGUGUAAAUCAGAAGAUCUCGUCGCCAUGGGAUGUGAUCGUGACCCCACGUUGCGGUUUUGCAAAACUCACGCCGCAAAGACCACCGAGCGAGGAGGCUCUGAGAUUACAGAAAAAGAUAAGAUAGCCUGCGCAGAGCUCCGACAUGAAUACGUCAAAGUUUGUGCCCUGUCUGGUCAGCACAAAAUUGACGAAAAGGAAGACGAAUUCUGCCAAGCGUUUGAGAAUAUCUGCUUCCGCAUUCCAAAAGAUGAACCUGACCAAUCGACUGUACCGACAGCUUUAAUGAGGGAGCUGAAACCGAUUGACGAGAAAUCGGACGAGAACGAUGAAGGAUCAGCAACAACCACAAGAGAGCCUAUAAAGAAAAAGAAGAAACGAAUCGACUUCACAAAGUUCUGCAAGGAAUUCAAGAAUCGUUACUUGUUUGUAUGCCCAGACCCGUUUCGAUUUGGUCAAAAGGCGGUGGUAUUCUGUCCAAUUUACUCGGAACGAUGUCAUGUGCCACUGCCCGAUCGACCUGUAGUACCUACACGAAAACCGCCUGCUGGACGUAAAACCAAUUCAGUUGAUCGAAUCUGUCGAAGUUACAGGGGAUUCGCGGAGACGUACUGCAACAACCCGUUCACCCUCAGUCAACCGCAAUAUCGUGAAGGAUGCGAGAAAUACUGGCGAUUCUGCACGCGACGAAAUGGAUGA